AAAGAAACAAAAACUCUGAAAAAAGAAGCAAAACACUCCGAAAUAAACAUACACAAAUAUGACAACAUCACGAUUGAUCAUGAUCUGUUUCUUGGUCGUUGUCAUAACGACAUCAUCUGGUGUUAGUUGCAAAAAAAAGAAAAAACAUCAUGGUGUUGUUGGACAAGUGAGUGGCGUCCCUGAGCCAAGCAUGGCCCCUAGUAUUCAAGGACCGCCUACCGUUGUUGGACAAGCCCCUGGUAUUCAAGGACCGUCUAGUGUUGUUGGACAAGUGAGUGGCGCUCCUGAGCCAAGCAUGGCCCCUGGUAUUCAAGGACCACCUGGCGUUGUUGGACAAGUGAGUGGCGCUCCUGAGCCAAGCAUGGCCCCUGUACAAGGACCGCCCCCGGUGAAGGACGUAGUGUUUUCCGUAGACGGAGGGCCAGUCUUGCCCAACGUUCCCUAUUACAUCAGCUUCAUGUCGGCUGACUACAACAUGUGGAUUUGCCGAAUGAAUCCAAGUUCCUCAGAUCCCAAUGCAUGCCCACACCAACCGGUAAUGUUCACUAGACCAACUAUAGCACCCACGCCUGUUAUGUUUAUAUUACCAUCAUCAACACAAGAUACUGUCAUACGUGAAUCAACCAAGCUUAGCAUUAAGUUCGUAAACCCAAGUCAAUGCGGCGAAUCAUCAGGGGUUUGGAGAGUAGCAAAUGGUGAAGUCGUCCUGGGCGGAGUUGAGGGAAGGGAAGAUAGUUUGUUCUCAAUCCACAUGACUGACUCAUAUUACAAGUUUGCUAUCGGUGAAAGUGUCUAUCCAGACGUUUAUGAAACGAGUAUCAGUUUAUCUAACAGUCCAAUUGGUAAAGAUAGGUUGAUAGCGAAGUUUCCUUCUGGAGUGAUGGAGAUUUAUUUCUUCCAACAUUAUCCACCUGAAUAUGAAUAUUAA